AUGGUGGCCGCUCGCCGGAGCACCGCCGCCGUCCUGCUGCUCCUGCUCCUGCUCCCGCUGCUCGCCGCCUCCUCGUCGAACCGUGGCCAGGAGCAGGACAGAUCGGCGCUUCUCCGGCUCAGGGACGCCGUCCCCUCCUCCGAGCUGCUCCGCCGGUGGCCGUCGGGCGCGGACCACUGCUCCUGGCCGGGGGUCGCCUGCGAUGCGAGGUCCCGGGUCGUCGCCCUCCACGUGCCCUCCAGCUUCCCGCGCGGGAGCGGGAUCGCCGGCCAGCUGCCCACGUCGGUCGGGCUCCUCACCGAGCUCAAGCAGCUCUCCUUGCCCUCCUUGGGCCUUUUCGGCGAGAUCCCCGCGGAGAUCUGGCGGCUGGAGAAGCUCGAGGGGGUCAACCUCGCCGGGAACUCGCUCCGGGGCGCCCUCCCGCCCGCCUUCCCGCCGCGGCUGAGGGUGCUCAACCUCUCCUCCAACGCGCUCAGCGGCGAGAUCCCUGCCUCCCUCUGCAGCUGCACGGAGUUGAACUUCUUGGAUCUUUCCGGCAACCGGCUCAACGGGUCCGUGCCGGCGGUCGUCGGCGGCCUCCCCAGGCUGAGGCAGCUCGACCUGUCCCGGAACCUUCUUGCCGGGAGCAUCCCCUCUGCUCUGGGGAGCUGCACACAGCUCCGCUCGUUGCGCCUCUUCUCCAAUAUGUUGGACGGUUCCAUCCCACCAGAGCUUGGACGGCUGAGCAAGCUGCGGGUUUUGGACGUAUCGGGUAACAGAUUGAGCGGUCUGGUACCCAGGGAGCUAGGGAACUGCUCAGGUUUGUCGGUUCUCGUGUUGUCGAGCCAGUUUGAUGCAGUGAAACCCCAUGAGUUCAAUCUCUUUGAGGGAGAGCUUCCGGAGAGCGUGACAGCUUUGCCAAAGCUUAGGUUGUUAUGGGCGCCGAAGGCGGGCCUGAAAGGAAAUCUCCCAAGCAAUUGGGGAAGCUGCCAUAGUUUGGAGAUGGUUAAUCUCGGAGGUAAUUUACUUGCUGGAGUGAUUCCGAGGGAGCUAGGGCAGUGUAGAAACCUCAAGUUUCUCAACCUCAGUUCCAAUAGAUUGUCCGGUUCGCUUGAUAAAAAUCUUCAUCUGCAUUGUAUGGAUGUGUUUGAUGUCAGUGGCAAUGAACUGUCAGGCUCAAUUCCAGCGUUUGCGAACAAAGAAUGUGCAUCACAGCAACCGUUGGAUGGCGUGACAUCUGGCUAUUCUUCACCCUUCAUGUCCCAAGCUGUAGCACAACUAUCAUUGGGUUACUGUGAAUCAGGAGAGUGUUCGGUUGUAUACCAUAAUUUUGCAAAGAACAAGUUUGGAGGCCGUCUUACAUCCUUGCCAGUUAGUGCAGACAGAUAUGGAAACAGGACCUUGCAUGCAUUAACUCUUGAUCACAAUAACUUCACAGGAUCAUUGGAUGCAAUUCUGUUGGAACAGUGCAGCAACUUAAAUGGUUUGAUCGUCAGCUUCCGAGACAACAAGAUAUCUGGUGAGCUCACAGAAGAAAUCUGCUCAAAAUGCCAUGCCAUCAGAGUUUUGGUUCUAGCCGAGAAUCAAAUUUCAGGAGUGUUGCCUGCUAACAUUGGUUUGUUGGGUGCUCUUGUAAAGAUGGACAUCAGCAAAAACUUUCUGGUUGGUCAAAUACCUGCCAGUUUCAAAGACCUCAAGAGCUUGAAAUUUCUCUCGUUAGCUGCAAACAAUAUCACUGGUCAGAUACCGUCCUCUUUGGGGCAGUUGGAAUCACUGGAGAUUUUAGAUCUCUCAUCCAAUUCUCUGUCUGGGAAUGUCCCUAGUAAUAUUGUGACACUGAGAGGUCUCACGACACUUCUGCUGAACAAUAAUGAGCUCUCUGGAAACAUUGCCGACCUUACCCCAGUAUCACUGUCUGUUUUUAACAUUUCAUUCAAUAACUUGGCUGGGCCAUUGCAUUCGAAUGUGCGAGCACUCAGUGAGAAUGAGGCUAGUCCAGAACCUGAGAAUACAUCCAGCGAUGGCGGAGGCUUCACCAAAAUAGAGAUUGCCUCAAUAACCUCAGCAUCAGCGAUUGUUGCAGUUCUCUUGGCCCUGAUCAUCCUUUACAUUUACACUCGUAAAUGUGCAUCAAGACCAUCAAGGCGUUCUAACAGGAGAAGGGAAGUUACUGUUUUUGUGGAUAUUGGUGCUCCUUUGACAUAUGAGACCGUUGUACGCGCUGCUGGCAGUUUUAAUGCAAGCAAUUGCAUUGGAAGUGGUGGCUUUGGAGCAACAUACAAAGCUGAGAUUGCACCAGGCAUUCUGGUGGCAAUAAAGCGGCUGGCUAUUGGAAGGUUCCAAGGUAUUCAGCAGUUCCAAGCAGAGGUGAAAACUCUUGGAAGGUGUCGGCAUGACAAUCUUGUAACACUCAUAGGGUACCACCUCAGUGAUUCAGAGAUGUUUCUAAUAUACAAUUUUCUGCCCGGCGGUAACUUGGAAAGGUUCAUACAGGAAAGGACAAAGAGAACAAUUGAUUGGAGAAUGCUUCACAAAAUUGCUCUAGAUGUUGCACGUGCACUUGCAUAUCUUCAUGAUAAUUGUGUCCCACGUAUUCUGCACCGGGAUGUGAAGCCAAGCAACAUCUUGCUCGACAAUGAGUACACUGCAUACCUUUCUGAUUUUGGAUUAGCAAGACUACUUGGGAAUUCAGAAACUCAUGCAACCACCGGUGUCGCGGGUACUUUUGGGUAUGUUGCUCCAGAGUAUGCGAUGACUUGCCGUGUUUCUGAUAAGGCUGAUGUGUACAGCUAUGGUGUUGUGCUGCUUGAACUUAUUUCAGACAAAAAAGCACUGGACCCUUCCUUUUCUCCGUAUGGAAAUGGAUUCAACAUAGUUGCCUGGGCUUGCAUGCUUUUGCAGAAGGGCCGAGCUCGUGAGUUCUUCAUAGAAGGGCUGUGGGAUGUGGCUCCGCAUGAUGACUUGGUUGAGAUUCUGCACCUCGGUAUCAAGUGUACUGUGGACUCUCUUUCUUCUAGGCCCACAAUGAAGCAAGUUGUUCGGCGACUAAAGGAACUCAGGCCGCCCUCUUACUAG